AUGGCUGUAGAUGUCUGCUCAGAGAUUUCAAGUGCUGUAAUUAGUCCAAGAAUUUCAUUCUCCCAUGAUCUCAACCAAAAUACAGAUGCUGUAUCCAUUAAAGAUUGUCAUCGUAGAUUAGACUCAUCUCUAUUGGAUUCAGAUUUUAAUUUCUGCAUUAGCAGCAGCUUCGUCCAAGAAUUGUCUUCUGCAGAUGAGCUCUUCUCUAAUGGCAAGAUCCUGCCUGUUGGAAUCAAGAAACACUUGGUUUCUACUAAAGAUAUUGAUCAACCAAAGCCUGUUGCCUGCCGUUGCCCUCUGCAAACUACUACCGAGACUACACAGAAGAAGCUACUGAAGGAGUUCUUGUCAAUGAGUAUUGAUGCAGAUGAAAAGCCUGCAUCGAAAUCUUUUUGGCAGUUCAAGAGAAGCAAUAGUCUGAAUUGUGAUAGUUCUAGAAGUAAAAGCCUAAUUCGGUCCCUACAGUUUCUUUCAAGAAGCAACUCUACUGGGUCAGCUCCAAAUCCUCCAAAACAAGCAAUGUUCUCAAAGGAAACUCAGAAACUACGUUUGCAAAAACAACAUUCUGUUCCAAGUAGAAGAUCUUCUGCGCCAAGUUCAGGGGCAUUUUACUCUUAUAAUUCAGGCCAGAAACCUCCUCUUUUAAGGAAGUGUGGGUCUUAUGGCAAUGGGGUUAGAAUUAGUCCUGUGUUGAACCUACCACCCCCUUACAUUUCCAGUGGAACUGUGAAUCUUUUUGGUCUCGGUUCCCUGUUCUGUAACGGUAAGGUUAAAAAGAAGAAGAGAUGA